UUUACAGUCCAGGGCAGAGAGUUGGAAACUUCUGAUUGUGUGCAGGUUUACAGCAAGUAGCUUGCAACAGACCUGUCUGAAUAUGCUUGCUCAGAAAACAUUAACAGUUGCUUCCAGCAUCUUCUGGACAUGGUCACUUAGGCAUCUGGUGGUGCUCUUCUCUCUGUGUGGUUUCAUAAAUGGGUAUUCUGACAGAGAUAGAGUACAGGACUUGAUGUCCAGAUAUCCUCUUAUUGAUGGACAUAAUGACCUAGCUCUCCAGCUGAAGAUACUACACAACAAUCACCUGACCCAAAUUGACCUUCAUAAUGUCAGCAAAAUGGCCACUGACAUCACCCGUCUCCAAGCAGGUCAUGUACAGGCACAGAUGUUUUCAGUCUAUGUGCUGUGUGGGGCCCAGGACAAGGAUGCAGUGAGACUGACACUGGAACAAAUAGAUGUGAUCAGACGCAUGUGCACUGAAUACCCAGACUUUGAGCUGGUCACAUCUGCUCAGGAACUGAAGGAUUCUGAGAUGAGGCGUAAGAUAGCAUGUCUAUUAAGUAUUGAAGGGGGACACUCUAUUGACAGCAGCCUGCCAGCGCUGCGGAUGUUUUACCAACUUGGGGUUCGCUCCAUGGCCCUAACACAUACCUGCAAUACACCCUGGGCUGAAUCAUCCUCAAAGCGUUAUAAUGUCUAUCAAAGAGACAACCACAGCCUAACAUACUUUGGGAAGGCCGUGGUGGAGGAGAUGAACAGGCUGGGAAUGAUAGUGGACCUCUCCCACACUUCUUGGGACACAGCCUGGGCUGUGCUGAACCAUUCCAGGGCCCCUGUUAUUUUUAGCCAUUCAUCCUCCUACACCAUCUGUAACCACAGCCGCAACGUACCCGACUGGCUGCUGCAUGAGCUGAAAAGGAGCCGAGGGUUGAUCAUGGUGAAUUUCUACAACAAAUUCAUUUCCUGCAGGGAUGAGGCUAACAUUUCUCAUGUGGCUGACCAUUUUGAUCACAUUAAAAAGGUGAUUGGAGCUCAGUCAAUAGGAAUUGGAGGAGACUUUGACGGCGCUGAGAGCUUUCCUCGGGGUUUAGAGGAUGUGUCAAAGUAUCCUGCCCUGAUCCAGGAACUCCUGCAGAGGAACUGGACUGAGAAUGACUUGGCUAAUGUCCUUCGAAGGAACUUUCUGCGAGUGUUUGAGGAGGUGGAGAGGGUUCGUGAUCAGUUACGUUUGAGCCCACCCAGUGAGGUCCAGAUCUCUUUAGUGGAGGUGCAGAACCCCUGCAGGCUGGUCCUCAGACCCCCUAGCUCCAGAGUGCUGCCCUCUAAGGAGAGUCCCUCCUCCAGUGCUCAACACAGACCACUAGGUCUGCUGGUCAUAGUUCUGUUGCCUUUCAUCCUACUUAUGAUUGAAUGAAUAUUUAGACUCUCAAUGCAGCUGAAUCUUUUUUAAAGUGCCUCAUUUUAUUAUAAAUAUAGAGAGCUCAACGCGUUUGUUGCAGCCAUUUGUAGGUCAUCAGUUACUCCACAGGUCACUACAAAUAAGAAGAGUUUCUUUCUUAGCACCAGUACAAAAAAGUUGUUUGCAAAUUAUGUAUUCUUAGUUUUUGUGCAUGGUUUUUAAUCUAUAGUUGGUCAGUUAUGCAACAGCUGGUGCUGAAGUCAUUAGGUCAGGGAUAGUUCAGGUAACAAAUCACUUAUGGUGCAGAUGAGCGUACAAUGUUGCAUUAUCAUAAUUUUGAUAUAUUUUUUUCUAUGGUGUUGUGAAAGGCAUCAACAAAACAGCACAACACUUCAUAAAUGGUUCUCUUUAUUUGAUGUUAGGGAAGUUUACAAGUGUAGUAUGCAUUUUAGUGCAAGCUUAUUUUUUCAUUUCAUUAUCUGCACAUUGACAUAACUGAAACCAGAUCUUUAACUUAAGAUAGCACUUACUCAAAUCAACACUAUGAAAACCUGCUGUGUUAAGAUUCAGGUGGAAAACUGCACUGCUAACAAAGUUGAAAUAAAUUUGCUGUGGUAAACUCAUUUUGCAGUUUUAUUAAGGGCUACACCAUGUGCGUGAUUUUCAGAUAACCACGGAGUUGUACCAUAACAGCUUCAUCACUCUUCAAGCAUUAAUACUCAGUUUCACUGAAAUUCUGCCAACAUCAAAUCUCCAUUUAGUAUUACCUUUAAUUAGCAAAAUAGGUAUAUUUGGAUUGCUGGUAAGUGACAAUGGUUUAAGUGGGAUAAUCCAUGUAUGCUGUCCUGAAAAAAAUAUGUUUUCAUUAAAAUCUAUUAAAAUGGAUGGAGGACCACAAUCAUUUUUGCAUAAUGUGUAGUGAUUGUAAGAACUGCACACUGUGUCAUGGGUUAUCCUUAUUCCUAAAACCCCCUCAGCCUUGUGAAUAGAAAAAGUUGUUCGCUAUACUAUUUGCUGCUCUGACAUACUGAUCAGACUCAAUGUCACAGAAAAAGCCAUAUGCUUUUCUUUCUUAACACAAAAAUCCAUCCAAAGAAAGUCAUAAAUUAUACUUUAAAAAAACCUUUAUGAUCUCCACAUUCACAAACUUGAUUCUGUGCCACCUACAGCACAAUCAGCGUUGUUAUCUACAGUAACACUUUAUUUACCUCAGUGGGGAAAUGUUGAAACAAUAAAUAAAUAAAUAGAGAAGUGCUUCCCAAAUAAUCAAACAGCUGCUUUAGACAAAAAACUGGCAUACUAUUGAAACAGCUGUAUCAACAUGUACUACUCAAGAUAGUUUUGGCUGUCAAAUAUAGGUAGGUAGGUUUAUUCAUCUAUCCAUCCAUCCAUUAUAUGCGCUCAUCCACAUGAGGGUAGUGGGGAGCCAAUUAUAGCUGACACUGGGAGAGAGGCAGGGUACACCCUGGACAGGUCUCCAGUCUAUCACAGGGCUGAC